GUGCUAUAAAGCCAGGCACCUGCUGCCCUCUUCACUCACUGCUGCUCCUCCGUCCCCACCCCAGAUCUAGCUUGCUAUCUGGAGAGAGCGAGAGGAACGCCGGCCGGCCGGAGCCAUGCCGGCAAUGGCAGCGCUGCUGGUGCUGCUGCUCGCCGUUGCGGCGCCCCUCGCCGGCGCCGACGACCCCUACCGCUACUUCACCUGGACCGUCACCUACGGCCCCAUCAGCCCGCUCGGCACCACCCAGCAGGGCAUCCUGAUCAACGGCCAGUUCCCGGGCCCGCGCAUCGACUGCGUCACCAACGACAACCUCCUCGUCACCGUCGUCAACAACCUCGACGAGCCCUUCCUCCUCACCUGGAACGGCAUCAAGCAGCGCAAGAACUCGUGGCAGGACGGCGUGGCCGGGACCAACUGCCCCAUCCCGCCCGCCGCCAACUACACCUACAAGUUCCAGGCCAAGGACCAGAUCGGCACCUUCACCUACUUCCCCUCCCUCGCGCUCCACCGCGCCGCCGGCGGCUUCGGCGCGCUCAACGUCUACCAGCGCCCCCGCAUCCCCGUCCCCUACCCGCCGCCCGCGGGGGACUUCACGCUCCUCGUCGGGGACUGGUACAGGGCCGGCCACCGCCAGCUCAGGCAGAGCCUCGACGCCGGCGCCCCGCUCCCGCCGCCCGACGGCCUGCUCAUCAAUGGCGCCCGCUCGCCGCCGGCGUUCGUCGGCGCCCGCGGCGGGACCUACCUCUUCCGCGUCUCCAACGUCGGGCUCAGGGCCUCCGUCAACGUCCGGAUCCAGGGCCACCGGCUCCGGCUGGUGGAGGUGGAGGGCACCCACCCCGUGCAGAACGCGUACGACUCCCUCGACGUCCACGCCGGCCAGUCGCUCGCGUUCCUCGUCGCGCUCGACCAGCCGCCGCUCGACUACGCCGUCGUCGUGUCCACGCGCUUCGCCCCCGCCAACCUCACGGCGGUGGCCACGCUGCACUACGCCGGCGCCACCGCCAGGGCGCCGGGCCCGCUGCCGCCCGGCCCGCCGGGGCAGUACGACUGGUCCGUCAACCAGGCGCGUUCGUUCCGGUGGAACCUCACGGCCAGCGCGGCGCGCCCCAACCCGCAGGGCUCCUUCCACUACGGCGCCAUCCCGACGUCCAGGACGCUGGUGCUCGCGAGCUCGUCGCCGGCCCUCGCCGGCCGGAGGCGGUGCGCGGUCAACGGUGUGUCCUUCGUCGUCCCCGACACGCCGCUAAAGCUCGCGGACAACUACAACAUCGCCAACGUCAUCGAGUGGGACAGCCUCCCGGCGAGGCCCGCCGGCGGGGCGCCACCGCGCGCCGGGACGCCCGUCGUCAGGCUCAACCUGCACGAGUUCGUCGAGGUCGUGUUCCAGAACACCGAGAACGAGCUGCAGUCGUGGCACCUCGACGGAUACGACUUCUGGGUUGUUGGCUACGGCGAUGGCCAGUGGGCUGAGAUGCAGCGGCGAACCUACAACUUGGUCGACGCGCAAGCAAGACAUACGGUUCAGGUGUACCCGAACGGAUGGUCGGCGAUCCUGGUGUCGCUGGACAACAAGGGGAUGUGGAACCUGAGGUCGGCGAUCUGGGACCGGCAGUACCUCGGCCAGCAGCUCUACCUCAGGGUCUGGACGCCGCAGCAGAGCUUCUCCAACGAGUACAGCAUCCCGACCAACGCCAUACUCUGUGGCAGGGCCGCUGGCCUCCCACACUGAUGAGCGAGAUGCAGAGAGCAUACACGGUCGAUUCGUGGUACUACUUAUAAUGUCUCAUAGGAUAAAUCAUUCUACUUAUAUAUCUGAAAUCAAGAUGAUAGUUGAGAGAGUGUUUUGUUGUAGCCAAAAGCUUAGAUGAACUUGCUAUUCUUUGAUGGCGAUGUCAGUAAUUUAUUUCUACUUGUGAUUUGCCUGAGAGAGAGAAAGGAGGUAUCAGGCUGAAUCUGUCCAAUGAUCUUUUCCCUAAUUAAUGCAUUGUUGAUUCAGAAUUCGCAAA